CGGCUUUUCUCCUGUUGCCUGCCCUGCCAGGCUCUGCUGCUGCAGGUGCUCAGGUGCGGAGGCCUUCUGCUCCAGCAGAGGAGGCCGGGCAGCCAGCGGGACUCGGGAGCCGAGGGGACUCUCUGGCCCCAGAAAAGUUCUGGGUUCGAGACUGCGGCAGCUCAGCUUUGGGAGGCGGGAAGGAAUGGCCUGCCCUGGGGAGGUUUGGUCCCCGCCUGCCUUGGCCCACGGGAAUUGUCCCACGGCGGCGUUUACACUCUACUUUUUUCCACUAGGGGGACUCCGAUAUUGUUCUCAAUUCCUCCAUUUUAUCCUCAGGACAACUCGGUCCCUGAGAGCGUCUGACUGGUCCAGGUCACCCAGUUGCAAAGGAUGCGGCUGAGCCCUGAAGGAGGCUAAUCCCCGGCCAGCAAAUCCGUGUUCUGUGGGUGCCAGAGGGGAAAACCGAACGCGGUGUGGAAUGAACCAUCGGUGUGCCUUUGCCAUCCGUUUGCACCAUGCCCAGGGCAAUCUCCGCCCUCCUCCUCUUUCUGGUGGUCAGCUGGGCUGGAGGACCGAUUGCAGGUGGCUCCUACCUUAGUGUGGGGGAUGGCAAGACGGCGGAGUUCGACUUCCCUGAAAACAGCCGUGGCGUCUUUGUGGUGUCCUGUUGCUAUCCGGGGCCGGGCGCAUGGCUGAGCGUGGCCUCUUUGGAGCCGACAGUCUUAGUCGCUGAGAACGUCAGUGCCUCCUGGGGAGGGGGCUUUGUGGUUGAAAUCCAGUCCAGCCUGGCUGGUUUGGCUCCACUUCAGCUACGACUGUUGGAGGACAGCCGCCUCAUAGAAGAACGAGUGGAUUUCCGGAUUCGAGUCUCCGCUAGAGGCUCAGAGCCCACCCCAUGGUCUGGGUUGGGCCAUUUCUCAGAGAACCCGGUCCUUUAUGUCCUCCUGCCGCUCAUCUUCCUCAACAAGUGUGCAUUUGGUUGCAAGGUCGAAGUAGAGGCUCUGCGAGGCCUGGUGCGGCAGCCCCAUCCUGUGGUGCUGGGCAUUCUGGGCCAGUUUGUGGUCAUGCCCGUUUAUGGCUACCUCAUGUCUGUGGCCUUCUCUUUGCCCAAGCCCCUUGCCUUGGGGUUGGUCAUUGCGUGCUCCUCGCCUGGUGGGGGGGGCGGCUACCUGUACAGCCUGCUGCUGGGGGGGGACGUGACCGUCGCCAUCUCAAUGACCCUGCUGUCCACGGUGGCCGCCACAGGGCUCAUGCCACUGUCCUCGGCCUUCUAUGGCCGGCUCCUCGGUGCUCACGAGACUCUUCACGUGCCCUUCCUCAAGAUACUCAUCACCCUGCUCUUCAUCGCUGUGCCCAUCUCGGCUGGCAUGCUGGUCAAGUGGAAGCUGCCUCGCCUCUCCCGCCUGCUGCUGCUCCUCAUCAGGCCUUUCAGCUUCACCCUCAUCGUGGGGGGGCUCUUCAUGGCGUACCACAUGGGAGCCUUCAUCUUGGCCAGCGUGCAGCUGCCCACGGUGCUGGCCGGCCUCACUGUGCCCGCCUUCGGCCUUCUCCUGGGCUACCUGCUGGCUUGGUGCCUAGGACUGCCUGGGCCUCAACGUCGGACGGUUAGCAUCGAGGUCGGGGUGCAGAACAGCUUGCUGGCUUUGGCGGUGCUGCAGCUGUCCUUUCAGCGGGCCCAGGCAGACUUUGCCUCACAAGCCCCUUUCAUUGUGGCCCUGAGCAGCACUUCGGAGAUGUUGCUGCUGGUUUUGGGGCACUUGAUGUACAAGAGGCUCUGCUCUGCUGGCUCCUGAGUGCCUCCUGGGAAGGGGAGGCGGAUACCAAAGAGAGCGAGUGUGGGAUGUGGCCCGCAGGGGGAGCGACUGAUACCGAAGGCCUCGGGAGGUGGGCCCUGGGCACUCGCUGCAGGGAGCCUCAGGCGUCCCCAGUAGGGUGGCCCAGAUGCAGGGGUCCUUUAACCUUACAGGAAUCCCAGUGGCGGCUGUAUCUUGGUCUGGCCUUUUAAAAAAACGACCCACCUCUUCCCCUUCUUCUUCAAUCCAUUUGUCUUUCUAACCGAUGACAGGUUGCUGUGAAGCUUGGAGCCACAACUGUGUGUGGACUGGGAGGCGUACAAUGGGAAUACAGGGUUUGAAUAAAAGGAGA